UGCAACUUAACUUCACCCACCGAUCUGAUCGAAAAUGGCCAUGGCCUCUCCUUCUGUUAACUCACAUAAUGUUCUCUUCAUCUUUUCCCUUCUGUUCGUCUUCCUCUUGUCGUCUCUCGCCCAACAAUCUUUCCGGCCCAAAGCCCUUGUCCUCCCUGUCGCAAAGGACGGUCGGACCUCCCAGUACCUUACCCGUAUCCACCAGAGGACUCCACCAGUGCCGCUGAGCCUCGUGGUCGACCUCGGGGGCCGGCACUUUUGGGUCGCAUGCGACAAACCAAAAUACAUCUCCUCAACCUUCCGCCCAUCUCGGUGCGGAUCCGCUCAAUGUGCUCUCGGCACACAUAGUUACUGCGGCGGGUGCAAUGGAUCUCCUGCACCAGGGUGCAAUAACAACACCUGUGUCCUCAGCGGGGAAGAAACUGUCACCCGGGUUGACUUUAACGGUGACCUCGGCUCGGAUGUUCUCUCGUUGCCCUCGACUGAUGGUUCAAACCCGGGAAGGAUGGUGAGCGUGCCUCAGUUCCUAUUCGUUUGCGGCUAUGAUCUCCAACUGGAGCGGCUUGCCAGCGGAGUUACUGGCAUGGUGCCACUUGGUAGCACCAAUAUCGCAUUGCCGGCUCAGCUCUCAUCUGCCUUUGGCUUCCCUAGGAAGUUCGCCAUCUGCCUCCCGUCCUCGGCCACCUCAAGUGGGGUCAUUUUCUUCGGGGAUGGACCAUACAAUCUCCUCCCAAACAUCGACGAGUCCCAAUCAUUGACUUACACGCCGCUCUUGAGCAACCCAAUCAGUACAUCCGCUGCCGCCUUCGUGGGUGAGCCAUCCUACGAGUACUUCAUCGGUGUCAAGUCCAUCACUGUGGGAGACAAGCUCCUGUCGUUGAACUCAACCCUAUUGACCAUAAAAAGCAAUGGUCUCGGGGGCACCAAGCUGAGCACAGUCAAUCGGUACACGGUCCUCGAAACUUCCAUCUUUGCAGCAUUCACAAAGGCAUUCAUCUCCGAAGCGGCUGCAAGGAACAUCACUAGGGUCGGAGCAGUCAGGCCCUUUGAGGUGUGCUUCAGCUCAAAGAACAUCCCAGGCACGCGUGUUGGACCAGUGGUGCCGCACAUCUACUUAACACUGCAAAACAAGGACACUAUAUGGACUAUCACGGGCUCGAACUCGAUGGUUCAGAUCAAUAAUGACGUCCUUUGUCUCGGUGUUGUCGAUGGAGGGCCUUACGUCCAAACCGCUAUAGUGAUUGGAGGGUACCAGUUGGAGAACAAUCUAAUACAGUUUGAUCUGGCGAGGUCUAGGGUUGGGUUCAGUAACACUCUCUUGGGCAGACAAACUACUUGUGGUAACUUCAAUUUCACUUCCACUGCUUGAGAGUAUAUGGCAUUGCAAUAUUGACCUAUAUGUAUACAUAUUCGUUUCAUCAUUUGGAUGAAUAAGUCUUUGACAUGGAAUUAAGUGAAUGUUCUUUGAGAAAAAGGUUGUAAGUACGGAUAAUUUUAUUGUCUAUUCCUAAACUAUAAAGGCUUGUUUGGUUUGAUAGUU